AUGGUUAUAUCCUGGCACACCCAUAUCGCCCUCACCAUCCUAUGCGGAGGGCUAGGAUGUCUAACAAUCCUCGCAAUCCCAUGUCGCUCAAUGAAAUUCAUCUGGCGCGCCGAGCCAGGCCACAGCAGCUCCUUUGGCAUGCACGUCAUCGACCCCGCGGGGAACCCCACCGAGGAAGAAAGCUAUAUCCUGAGGAUUCCGCUGAGCGAGCUACGGCAGAGAAUAGAUGAUGAGGAGAUUCUAGCGAGAUUUUCAUACGGGUUCUUUGCUGGUUGGGUGUUUGGGCCUGAGAGGUGGAUUGCCCCGUUUGUGCAGGGCGUUAUUGAUCACCAGGGUGUGUAUGAUUAUUUUCCGCACACUAUCUUUUUGGAAGACGGAUGGCUGAUGCUGGAUUAA